GGAGGGCUGUUUUCGAGACGUGUGUGUGUGUGUGCGUGAGAGAGAGAGAAAAGGGGGAGGGAUGGAGAGUGAGAGUCUGCCGAGGGGCGAGCGAGAUCUGUCAGAUUCAAACACACGACUCUCUCCUUGCAGACUGUGCCAUGAAGGGAAGCAGGGACGGGAGGCCAGAUCCGAGGACAAGCUAGAAGGAGACGGCACAGAGUGAGGCCAGUCCAGCCCAUGGAUCGGCGAUCCAUGGACACACCCAACCGGCCUAUCGUCCCUGGCGAGUGCGGCCGACCGACGCUGAUGAUGCCCCUGCUCUGCGUCCGGCUGUAGAUCGAGCCAACGGUCGGGGGGGUUGGGGGUGGGGGGGGAAGGGAGAAGGUCACAGACCGCGGAGUCAGCACAGGCCCUGAGGUUGGAAGGUUAAAGAAGAAGAGGACUCGGGGAGAGACUGGCAUCAUCGGGGAGCGAAGAUGAUGACAUCCCAUGGAAAACUGAGGAGGGAGAAGGGCAGCCUGGCCGAGUAUGAAUCACAGAUGAAAGACCUGCGGGCCCAGCUCACAGACCAGAUCAAGAUUUUGGACUCCCAGGUAGAAGUGAAACAGCAGCAGCUUUCCGACCUUUCUGAGUUCCUCCGUCGCCGGGGUGAUAUCGAGGCGGAGUAUGCACGGGCCCUGGAUAAACUCACCGAAAGGUUCACGCACAAGACCAAGAAGAAGGAGCAGUGGGGACAGUCGGUGUGUCAAGUCUGGUCCGUCUUGCUGACUCAGACUCGUUUGGAGAGUCGUGAGCAUUCGGCGUUGGGCGACACCUGCUGCAACACACUCACACAGCGCUUGGUGCACAGCACGGAGGACUCACAUCGGCUGCACAAACGGAGCAAAGAGGUCGGGAUCCAAAUGCAGGAUGAGCUGCUGAAGGUCACCACUGAGCUGCAGACGGCUUUGAAGACGUACAACCAGUACCACACCGACUGUCUGAUCGCCGAGGGCAAACUGAAGGAGGCCGAGCGUUUGGAGGAGAGACACACCGGCAAGUCUGCAGAGCUCGGCCUCGGCCAAUCGGGAGGGCAGAGGCGGAGCUCCGUCAAGAAGAUGGAGAGAUUGAUGGAGAAGAGGCACGGCAGGGUGCAGGAGACCCAGCUGAAGUGCACCAAGGCUCGCAACGACUACCUGCUCAACCUUGCCGCAGCCAACGCCGCCAUGAACAAGUACUACCUGCAAGACGUCAGCACGCUCAUCGACUGCUGCGACCUGGGUUUCCACCCGUCCGUGGAGAGGGCGAUGAAGUGCUACCUGGCCAGCAGGUGGCGCAUCCAGAAGACGGAGGAGGCGGGGCUGAAACAGCUGGAAGCGGCGGUGACGUCGCUGGACCAGGGCGGCGACAGAGACGCACUCCUUCAGCAGCACGACUCCGCCUUCUGCCUUCCCUUCAGGUUCAACUACCACCCGCAUGAGGGCGACCAGGUGUGCGAGGUGAGUGCGGAGAGCCAGGUGAGGUACGAGCUGGAGACCAGAUUUCAGCAGCUUCAGUCUCGACUCGCCGCUGUCACGCUGGAGACAGAGGAGGUCAGUAAAACCCUCAAAGCGACGCUGAGCGCCCUGCUGGACUGCAUGUGCGACAGCGACUGCAACCCCUCCUCCGACAUUCCCGGCGGCCUGUCGCACGAGUCCCCCGGAGGAGGAGCCAGCGCCCCCAAACUUACCCUCGCCAAGCGUCGGGCCAAUCAGCAAGAGACUGAGACCUACUAUUUAACGAAAGUAAAGGAGUUUCUCACCAGCAGCUCCCUGACUUCCAAACUUCAAGCCAAACACGAUCUUCUCCAAGAUGCCAUACAGAAAGCCGAGGCAGUCAACACAGACCCCUCCAGAGUUCAGUGUGCUCGCCUGCUGCGCGCACGGAGGUCCAGACCCGUGUCUGAGUUUUGCCUCACACUCUUCACCGCAGACAUACUGUCCUGCCUGCAGAGCACGGGCCAGCAGAUCCCCGUGGUGGUGGAGAGCUGCAUCCGCUUCAUAAACCUUCACGGUCUGCACCAUGAGGGAAUCUUCCGAGUUCCUGGGUCACAGAGAGAAGUGAAUCUGAUCAAGGAUGCGUUUGAGCGAGGAGAAGACCCUCUGUCAGACAGCGAGUGUGACCUGGACUCUGUCGCCGGGGUCUUGAAGCUUUACUUCAGGGGCCUUGAGCCGCCCCUCUUCCCCUACGACAGCUACUUGCCUCUGCUGGAGUGUGUCCAAAUCGAGGGCAUGACGGAGAAAGCGGCGCAGAUUAAGGCGAUUGUGUCCGCCUUCCCACGCCCUCUGCUCAUCAUUAUGCGGUACCUGUUUGCCUUCCUCAAUCACGUGACUCAGUACAGCGACGAGAACAUGAUGCAGCCCUACAACCUGGCCGUCUGCUUCGGGCCCAGCCUGCUGCGGGGGCUCGAGUCAGACGACGCCGUCGCCAGGCAGCCGCAGGUCAACGACCUGGUCAAAACCCUGAUCCUGCAGCACGACCUGGUCUUCGCCGGCCAGUCGGAAUUGGCCGGCCCCAUCUACGAGAAGCACAUGACUCUGGAGCAGGAGUACUGUGAACCAAUCACGGAGGAAGGAGAUGGCGAGGCCGAACACCUGCCCAGUGAGGACGAGUGGGAAGCCGUGGCGAUGUUCGACUACGUGGCGAGAUCGCCGGCCGAGCUGUCCUUCAAGCAGGGAGAGCUCCUCCUCCUUCACAGCAAGGCCUCCUGUGAUUGGUGGAGGGGCGAAGCCGCAGGGGUCAAAGGUCUCAUACCGCACAAGUACAUCAGCGUGCUGGAAGGUUCUGAGAGAGGGAAAAGGGAUGAAGGAGGAGGAGGAGGAGGAGGAGGAAGCACUGGAAAUCUGACAACAGAGGAUCCGCAUACAGAGAACACUGUUCGGAUGCGGGUAAACAGCGACGGCGCUUCGUUGCCAGGGCGACAGAGAGGGAGCGACGGGAGCCCCGCUCGAAAGCCGCCGACGUCCCCGGCCGCCAGACACCUGCCUGUGUCUCAAGAGCGAAGACACACCUUGGACACUGUGAGACAGGCAGGGUUCAAAGCGGGGGACAGACAGGCAAUUGCUCAGCCAGACAGGACAGCGACCGUUGACAAGGACAUAAUCAGUCGCCAGAUGAGCUCCGUGUUCAAGGAGCUCCUGUCUCGCCAGCCGCACAUGCAGGAGCCCACAUUAGCCAUGCCCCCCGCUCCUCUUCCUCCUCCCACUUCCUCCUCCUCCUCCUCCUCCUCCUCUCUCCCCGCCAAAAAAGUGGGCUUCGGUAUCCGAGGACGAGCCCUUUUCCGGCCUGUGGACUGAGGUCGGACGGGGGGUUUCUUGCUGUCGUUGCAUUCUGGGAAGAUCUUGUUUUGUUUUUGGGAUCAUAAAUGUAAAUAUAUUAAGGUCUGUGCCAUCUCAUAGUGCCACCAGGUGCUGUAUUGCAGUAUGUCUUCGUGUGUUUUACACAUUUAUUUGGCUUCCUCUUUUCAAAACUUUCAUUUUUUUUGUGUACAGGUGGUCUCCUCUUAGAGAAUCAGGGAUGUGUGGUCGAUAAAGGAGUAUUAUGGCCUCACUGCAAAGAUAAAAUAGGUUAUUUAUGUAUCACUAGGAGAGUAAAAGUGUGUUUUUAUAAGGAAAACUGUGGUAAAGCUUGCAAAAAGUACUUUUACUUUUCCCUUGUAGUAUUAUCUUCUGAAGAUUCAAGCCAAAAUGUUACACAAAAUUUGGGACUUUUUUCAUAAAAAAAACCAGCAUAUAAUGUUACAAUUUAUUUUCUUAAAACUUCAUUUCAUUUUUAUUUAUCUCAUUCAUUGAUGUGCAUUCAGAACGAUACAUAAUGAUAUCACAAUUAUACAAUUUAAAUUCACACAAUUCCUGAGAAGGAUGAAGAAAAUCUUAUCAUUUCCUGCCCCCUUUGACAUAAAACAUGAUCUUACUUCAUGAAUAUCAUUUAAGCCGACACAUAUAUCCAAAUGUAAUGAAACAAAAAACACAAGAAAAACCCAACAAGUGCAAAACUUCGUAAAGUAUAAACCAAACCAAGAAAAUAAUAGUAAUAAUAAUAUAAUAUACACCUCACAGAAUGAUACAGAGCAAAUACAAAACCAGACAAAAAAUAAGUAAAUUAAUAAAUAAAAAACAAAAUGUAAACACUUAUUGCUGUCCAUAUGAUCUUAUUGUUCUAUCUUUAUAUAUUUUUUUCAAUUGGAAUAUAUUUUUACAGUUUUUUAUCUAAAGAGAAUUACACAAUUUUCCCCCCACCACUGAUGUACACAUUUGUUUUAAAGUUGUCCUUGAAUAUUGUUUGAAAUGACCUUUUCUUCUCUGCUCUGUAAUCUCAGAAGUGAUGACAAACAUUUUCUGUAAAUUUGCUGGUAAUGUUUUACUUCUGGCCUUAAACAUGACACACAAUGUCUGUAGCUUUGCUAGCUGCUGUAGUUUCAAUAGUCCAGAGUUAUUAAAUAAAAUGUUAGUGUGUUCUAAGUAAUCUACUUUAUGAAUAAUCCUUAUAGCUCUUUUCUGUAAUUGAUACAAUGCCUUUAUGUUCCUCUUCUAAGUGUUCCCCCACACUUCCACACAGUAGCUGAUAUACGGCAACACAAGUGCACAAUACAAUAUGCACAUAAUCUAACAUAUAUUUGACCUUGUUUAAUAUAAAAAUACUCUUAGACAUCUUUUUCCGUACAUGUGCAAUAUGAGAUAUCCAUGUCAGACCGUCAUCCAGUAUCACUCCUAAAAUGUAAUGUUACUUAAUGUAAAAGUCCCCCUUUUAGUCUUUUUUUAGUCUUAAUAUUACAACUGUUAUCCCUUUCAUGUCAUAAUAUUACCUUUUCCUCAUAAAUUCUAUAUUUUCCCAAAAAUAAGUGUUUUUCAUGUCAUUUUGCCAAUUCUUUAACAUGUUUUCUUCUAAUGUUACAAUUCAUAUUUUCUCUUUAAAUGACACAUUUCUUGAAAUGAUGCACACUCUUAUUAGCAAAUUGCACAAUUUAAGACUUUAUUUUUUUUUCCUGCAUGAUUUUAUUUUCAUGUUUUCUUGCAAGAUUACAAUUGAUCUUCUUAAAACUUCAUUUCUGUGAAAUUCCCCACCCUGGUAAAACUACAAUAUAAUGCAAUUGUUUAGGACUAUGUUAAAAACAUUUAUCUUGAAUUACUUCCCUUAAACUGUUGAUCUUGGUAUUAUUUAUACAUCUCAUAUCUGUAACAUUACAUUCUUUAAUAUAUGCUAUUAAGUAAAAAAAAAAAAAAAUGACUGUCACACACACAUUCGGUGUGGCCAAAUUAUUCCCUGCAUUUGACCCAUCACCCAUGAUCACCCCCUGGGGGGGUGAGGGGAGCAGUGAGCAGCAACGGUGGCCGCGCCCGGGAAUCAUUUUUGUUGAUUUAACCCCCAAUUCCAAGUCUUGAUGCUGAGUGCCAAGCAGGGAGGUCAUGGCUCCCAUUUUUGUAGAAUAGAAUAGAAUAGAAAGUACUUUAUUGAUCCCUGAGGGAAAUUCAGCAUUAUAGUCUUUGGUAUGACAAUUGCAUUUAAAUACAUUUUAAUUCAAUUAUUCUAAUAUUACAUAUUUCUUAUAUAUUUAACAUUACAUAUUUUUUCAUAUAGUAUUACAAUUCUAUUCUCAUUAAAAAAAUAUUUUUUAUUCAAAUUUAACCUUUAAUUUUCUAGAGAUUCUCCAAAGACUAUUGUAUUUUUGCACUUUUACUCUUUUUUUCACAUACUAUUACAGUUUUAUCCCUGUACUUAUAUCAAUACAAGCUUAUUUGAUAGUAAAUCAUACAUUAUACAGUAUGUGAACUCAUACGUUUGAUUUUGCCUUUCGGUUGUCAGAAUUAUAUAUUUUUUAUUUUAUUCUCCGGCUCUUUUUUCCCCAAACAUAUUUGUUUUAACCACAUUUGUACUCCCACAUUCAAAUAAAUAUUGUAAUACCACAACUUAAUUGUUGUGUUUUCCGGAAAACUGUAUGUAAACGACAUGUAUGUCGCUCGGGUUCCAUGGACCCCUCAGGAAGGACAUGAUCGUCGAGCAGUUUUGACUCUUUUAUUUUUUCAAAUAUGGAAAACUUUUGCCCCGUCGUCGCUCGCUCCUACGUCUCUUUCUUUAGUCGGCCGCAUCGUCGUCUCUCGUGCGCUGCUCUCUCUCGCUUUCACUCCAACUCCUCCUUCUCUCCUUUUAUACAACAUAAGGAGAUGAGUUAAUUGUCUGCCGGUGCGCGCUCCACGCACCUGAAUUAGAUUGCGGCGGCGUCGCUCCCGGCACGCCCCGCCUCUCCGCCUCCUUGCCGCCAUCUUGGGUAGGGCUCCAGCGUGGCCUGCCCCGCCGUGGGCUCCGCCUCUCCACACUGUUUUACGCGUUAAUUUUCAUAAAAUUGCAGGGUUUUGUUUUCGUAAUAGGACAACUUAAAUUAAAAAAACAAAAUGUGAAUUUAUUUAUUUCUCAUAACGCCAGUGUUAUUUGUAGACUUACUCAUACCUUUUUUUCUCACAUUAUUUUGCCUUUAUGUUGUCAGAAUUAUAUAUCUUUUUUAUUUUAUUCUCCGGCUCUUUUUUCCCCAAACAUAUUUGUUUUAAUCACAUUUGUACUCCCACAUUCAAAUAAAUAUUGUAAUACCACAACUUAAUUGUUGUGUUUUCCGGAAAACUGUAUGUAAACGACAUGUAUGUCGCUCGGGUUCCAUGGACCCCUCAGGAAGGACAUGAUCGUCGAGCAGUUUUGACUCUUUUAUUUUUUCAAAUAUAGGAAAUAUUUUGCGCUGUCGGCCGCGUCGUCCUCUAGUGCGCUGUUCUCUCUCGCUUUCGCUCCUCAUCCGUUGCUGUAGGUUCUCCAACUCCUCCUUCUCUCCUUUUAUACAACACAAGGAGAUGAGUUAAUUGUUUACCGGUGCGCGCUCCACGCCCCGCCUCUCCGCCUCCUUGCCGCCAUCUUGGGCAGGGCUCCAGCGUGGCCUGCCCCGCCGUUGGCUCCGCCUCUCCUCACUGUAUUACGCGUUAAUUUUCAUAAAAUUGCAGGGUUUUUUUUCUUAAUAGGACAACUUAAAUUAAAAAAACAAAAUGUGAAUUUAUUUAUUCCUCCUAACUCCGGUGUUAUUUGUAGACUUGCUCUGUUUCCAGUGUGGCCCUAAUACUCCUGCAGAAUGCUCAUGCUUUUAAACAUGCAAAAGAUAUGUUCUGCUCAUUGUUAUAUCAGUAAAGGAGGGACUAAAACGAGGCCUACAUGUCAAGGUGUGCCUCCAUGCUUUUUUUCCACUGCUAUUUUUAUUUGUAUUUUCUUUUACGAUGUGUGACUUAAGAGAUGUUAGCAUUGACAUUGCAGUGUGUAAUAGUAGCAUGCAGUAAUAAGACAAACUCAUGAUGAUGACGACAUUCCCUUUCAUAUGUGACACUUGGCCUACAAGGCAAAACUCAGGGCUUUGCAGCGUCACAAAUGGGCUAGCUCAGGUUCGCCUCUGAAAGAUUUCAUAAGUCCAGAGUUCCUUCAAGCUGUGCAAGAGCCUGGAAUGCCCUUAAGUCGAGCCUCUUCUGGUUGAAACUGUGAAUCUCCCAGCAAACUUCUGGAAACUCACUCUUAUCUGCACACAUGAAAGAGUCCCAGGUGGUUCUACAUGCGUUACGUGACCCAUUCUGUUGACUUUUAGUGGAAACAUCAACGUAGAAUACUUAAGUUUUCCACAGUUGGUUCGUACCUCAUUGAAAAUGUCUUAUCGAUUUCAAGCGUCAAAAGUAUAUAAGUGGUUAAAAAAAAUGACAAUAAAAGAUGGAGUGAUGAAUUUUA